AUGAAACUAAAAGAAAUACACAGGACAUCGACCUUUGCCUGGUCUGUAACGCCCUCGCUGCCACUGAUAGCGACGGGAACUGUUGCAGGAGCUCUUGAUGAGUCUUUCAGCAACGAAAGCCAGUUGGAGAUAUGGGCACCAGACUUUAUGGACAAACACGAGUAUGAUCUUGGUGUAGAUCCUCUUGCGGGCCCCAAAGGUAUCGUCACGGACACAUCCAGGUUCAACCGUCUCGCUUGGGGGUAUGUUAACAAGGGACGGCAACAUGGUGUAAUUGCCGCUGGUAUGGAGAACGGGGAACUAGCCUUAUGGGACCCAUCAAAAAUUCUUGCAAAUGUUGGCGCCUCAGAAUCUUUGAUCAUGCGGAACACGAGCCACACAGGACCAAUCCGCGGUCUGGAUUUUAAUCCUAUACAAACCAAUCUACUUUCUUCUGGUGCUGUCAAUGGCGAGGUGUAUAUCUGGGACUUGAAUGACCCCAGCAAGCCGUACUCUCCAACUCCCGGGACAAGGAGUACCAAACUGGACGAGAUCACUUCUGUGGCAUGGAAUCAGCAGGUGCAAUAUGUGCUCGCUGGAGCAAGUAGCACUGGUUACACAGUGGUAUGGGACUUGCGUGGAAAGAGGGAAGUAGUCGCUCUAGCAUAUGGUGGCGGGGCAGGAACUUUGGCAGGACAGAGUAGUACGGGAAGUGGUCUGGCAGUUGGAGGUCGACGCGGUAUGAGCGCAAUUGCAUGGCAUCCAGACAAUGCAACGAGGCUAGUUACCGCUUCUGAGGAUGACUUGUCGCCGGUGAUCAUGGUGUGGGAUCUACGAAAUGCUCGUGCACCAGAGAAGAUCUUGACGGGUCACGAAAAAGGAGUUUUAUCAUUGUCAUGGUGUAAGCAAGAUGCAGACCUACUUUUAUCGUGUGGAAAGGACAACCGUGCGCUAUGCUGGAACCCCCAGACAUCAGCGGUCAUUGGAGAGCUUCCCUCUGCAGACAACUGGGCAUUCCAAGUAGAGUGGUGUCCACGUAACCCUGAUCUCUUGGCAACCGCCUUCUUUGACGGCACUGUCGGUAUUCACUCCAUUCAGUCAACGAACGAAGCAGGAGAGGUCGCAGCUGCGGCAACCCCCAAAGCCGAUGGUGCUGACAUAUUUGAUGUGUCUGGAUACUCGCGCGGAGGUCAACAUACGCUGUCUCUGAAGCAACCACCGAAAUGGCUACGACGUCCGAUUUCGAGUUCCUUUGGUUUCGGUGGGCAACUAGUGUCAGUAUCAAAUCUCGCGUCCGCGCAGGGAAAGAAUCAAAGCAGCGUGGUGCACUUGCGCAAAGUAGUAGCGGAAUCAGAUGUAGUAGAGCGAGUACAGAAGUUGGAGGAGGCGACCGCUGCUAACACUCUUAGCGAGUUUGCGGAGCAGAGAAGUCAAGAAAUGAGUGCACGGGAUGGCGAUGGGGUAGAAAGCUGGAAGGCGUUGUUGAGUCUCUUCAGGGCUAACUCUCGGGAUGAACUGGUCACUUUGCUGGGGUAUUCGAAAGAGGAGGUUGCUAUGCGUGUUCAGGAAGCUGUCGCAAAACUCAAAGAGACCGCAGAACAAUCAUCUUCUACAGCAAACUACACUAUUGACGAGGAAGACUCUGAGGUCAAGCCCCACGAACCAGUGGUCUCAUUCGCUGAACCGGAGCGUGAAGCGUCUCCAGAGGGUAGUGAUCAUGAAGAUCCCCUCAAUGGUACAGAGAAGACGCCUUCAGAAUUGAGUGCGAGUGCAGCUUCCGAUGGCACCAGUGGUACUCAGCUUGCAGACGGCGAAUCAACGACUACCGCACCUAGCUUGUUCGGCGAUGAUAAUGCCAUUGGGACCCCCCAAAUGGAUGGCGACGCAGAUUUCUUCAGUACCAUGGGUAUUCCUUCACAGACAGGCAAUGAGCAGGAGGUCGUGGUACCUCACCACAACUAUGGUUUAGACUCUUCUGUCGCUGCGACCGUUGGCUCCGGGCCUUCUUCAGUUACGUCAGAUAAUCUGAAAAGCAACAACUUUAGGAUUUACCCCUCUGAUGAAUCGGAGACAGAUCGGCUCAUCACGAAAGCCCUGGUCCUAGGCGAUUUCGAAUCAGCUGUUUCCUUGUGUCUUUCGUCUGACAGAUUUGCUGAUGCCAUCCUGUUGGCCAUCAAAGGCGGUCAAGAUCUUCUGCAGCGUACUCAAAAAGCUUACUUCGAACAUCGCACAGCCUCCCUCCCUUACCUUCGCCUUUUCCAGUCCAUCGUUACCAAUGACCUAACAGAUAUAGUACAGAAUGCUGACUUACAGGAGUGGCAAGAAAUAUUCGUCGUUUUGUGCACCUUUGCCACCCAGGAGGAGUUUUCAAAUCUUGCAGAACAACUUGGUCGCCGGUUAGAGUUCCAGAGUAGUGUCUUGAAAGCCUCCAAUGCUCCUAAUGCGUUGGAAAAAUCUAUCGAGCUUAGGAAGAACGCCACGCUGACCUACCUUGCUGCUGGUCGUCUUGAACGCCUCGUCAACAUUUGGAUCGAGGAAUCGGCUGAGGAAGAAAAGCAAUUAAUCCAGGAUCAAGAACACCUCGAUGGCUCUCGAUACACUGCACAUGCCCACGCUUUGCAGACGUUCAUUGAAAAAGUCACCGUAUUCCGUAGUGCCAUCAAAUAUGUCGAUACGGAUCUCUCACAAGCUCCGGGAGAAGAUUCUGAUGCAAAGACUUACAAACUUGCUGGACUGUAUGAUCGUUACUUCGAAUAUGGUGACCUGCUGGCUGCUCAGGGCCUUGUUAAAGAGGCAAUUACUUACCUUAAAUUGACUCCUUCUGAUUACUCUGGAUCCGUUGGCGCAUUCGUCGAUUUCCAGGUGGGGCGAGAGCGUCUCCUGAUUGCAUCUGGUGUUUCGCAGGUGCCUGCCGCUGCUCCCAGUACGAGUCGCUCUAUACCUGUGGCAACUUCUGUUCCCGCUCUUCCUGAUACGGGCACAAUUUAUCCAUAUGUACCCUAUGUUCCGGCUGCUGUAUCCCAGACUAGGCCCUACGAUCCUACUCGCCCUCCCUCGCAGCCACAGUACCAACCUGCACAAUCUGCUGCUGUGUAUAAUCCAUCCAACGCUUAUACCCCUCAGACGGUUGCCAAGCCUGCUCUUCUGACUCCUGCUCCUGCUGCAUCCCUGGCUCCUCCUGCUCGUCGUCCAACGCACACCCCUGCACCACCACCAAAGCGUCAUGAAAAUGGUGGAUGGAAUGACGCACCCGUUCUCAGUGCAGAUCGCCGUGGUCCCAACAGUGUAAAUAAGCCUCAAGCCAUUACUUCGCCAUUCCCCAAUGCAACCCCGCCUCCAGGUGUUGUAUCUCCUGGCCCAGGUUCACCAUUCCAUGCACCAUCCGCGUCCCUAGCCCCUCCCCGUCCGGCAAGUGUUCAAAGCCGUCCUCCUCCGCCCCCUCAAGGACAGCGCAUGCAUGCAGCACCUCCUAUGGGAUCAGGAGGCGCGUUUCCACCUCAGGCCAGACCUCCUUCGGGUCCACCCUCACAUCCUCAGACAGUGCCUCCUCCCUCAAGGAUGAUGUCACCUCCGCAAAAUCAAGCCCCCCCCCCACCUGGCCCUUAUGGUCCUCCUCCAAGCCAAGCCUCACUUGCAGCUACCGCCCCUGGCCCUUAUGCGCGUGCUACUCCUCCACCUGGACCUCCCCGUGGACCUCACCCACCUGGCCCCCCACCAGGGCCUUACGCACGCUCUACACCACCCCCAGGCCAAGCAGGACCACCAAUGCCACAGCAAGGGCCGUACAACGUUGCUCCUAGCGGCACCUAUCCACCAUCUCAAGGUGCACCAAGAGCCACUCCGCCUACGCAGCCACACGCCGGACUUCCUCCCCCUCCUCAGGGAUUACCGGCCCCUCCUCCAGGGAAUCAAAUUGCCGCGCCACCUCGUGUUCAAAGAGGACCUCCUGCGCCUAAAUAUCCGCCUGGUGAUCGGAGUCAUAUACCGGCGGCUUCUAUGCCCAUCUUCGACGUGGUCUCCGAGCAAUUAACGCGUUUGAAACAAACGAUUCCACCGCAGCAAAAGCGUAUAGCCGAUGAUUUGGAACGUCGGAUCAAUCCUCUCUUUGAUGCUCUCAACUGCGAGACCUUAUCCAAACCUGUCGUUGACCAGUUGCUUGUUUUAAUAAGAGCUAUGCAAGCUCGGGAUCGGGACGCAGCCCUUGCUAUACACGUUGACCUUCUUACGCGGGGUUCUCAAACCGACGACAUCGGACUUUGGAUGUCUGCGAUAAAGCAGUUAAUAAUGCGACUGUAGAUAGUGAAAGGCAUCAGAUAAUUUUCAAUGUUUGUGAUUCAUCAUCCGAUUCCCUAUCAUACAACACAGACAGCUCGAGGUAGGCGCACCAUAAUUAGCUUAGACAUAUCUGUGUGGUAGAGUCAAAUGUGCUUGAAUGCUACUGUAGUGUUUCGAGUGCAUGUUUAUUGACAAAGCAACUCGGAGAUCAA